GAGGAGAGUGAGAGUGCUGUCUGCGCCUCAUACCAAAAACUGAACUACAGAUAUGUCUUUUGGCUCCCGGAAAGAAGAUAACUGAAAGAAAAACAAGGGGGUUUCCACAUGUACAGUGUGAUACUUCACUGUUAGUUUCAUCUCCAAGAAAACGCCGUUAACUUCCUCUGUAAAGAUGCCACGUGUUUCUGCGGAAUCCCAAGAAAUCUCAUUCGACGCCGGCAGCGAACCGACGCUCGGCGAGCUCCUGAAAGAUUUCGACGGAGGUGACCGGAAGAAACACCCCGGCGACGAUGUUCCAGCUCAUCACGUACUUGAUCUCACUUCCCCUGAUACAUCAAGACCCGUACCGUUUCUCUUGUCCUUCAACAACCUCAGCUACGACGUCGUACAUCGCCGGCGCUUUGACUUCUCUCGAGGAAAGCCAGCUCCCGUGAAAACCCUACUCAACGAUGUUUCCGGCGAGGCGUGCGACGGAGACAUCGUAGCCGUUCUCGGAGCAAGCGGAGCCGGGAAGUCCACGUUGAUCGACGCGCUAGCGGGACGCGUGAGUAGCUUGAGAGGCACGGUGACUUUAAACGGAGAGAAGAUUCUGCAAACUCGUUUGCUAAAAGUGAUAUCAGCUUACGUCAUGCAAGACGAUCUUCUGUUCCCGAUGCUCACCGUCAGAGAAACUCUAAUGUUCGCUUCCGAGUUUCGUCUCCCGAGAAGCUUGUCCAAGUCCAAGAAAAUGGAGCGUGUUCAAACCCUGAUAGACCAGUUAGGGCUCAGAAACGCGGCUGAUACGAUAGUAGGAGACGAGGGACACCGUGGAGUCUCCGGUGGAGAGAGGCGGCGCGUGUCGAUAGGGAUCGAUAUCAUCCACGAUCCUAUCCUCUUGUUCCUCGACGAACCUACUUCGGGGUUGGAUUCCACCAACGCAUUUAAGGUGGUGCAGGUUCUUAAACAUAUAGCUAGGAGUGGUAGUAUCGUAAUUAUGUCGAUACAUCAACCUAGCGCUCGAGUCCUUGACUUGCUUGACCGUCUUAUCAUCUUAUCUCGCGGCAAGAAUGUUUUCAGCGGUUCUCCGACAAGUCUUCCUCUGUUCUUGUCUAGUUUCGGACAUCCUGUCCCGGAGAAAGAGAAUAUAACCGAGUUCGCGCUUGACCUAGUCCGACAGCUCGAAGGGUCCACCGAAGGGACGAGAGAGUUAGUUGAGUUCAACGAAAAGUGGCAACAGAACCAACCUGCUCGAGCCACGCCAAUGACCACACCUUACCAAGCCUUGUCUCUAAAAGAAUCCAUCACCGCAAGUGUUUCUAGAGGCAAACUAGUCUCCGGUUCAACCAGUUCCAAUCCAAUUUCCAUGGACUCGGUAUCUUCAUACGCAAACCCGCCGCUGGUCGAGACCUUUAUCUUAGCCAAACGGUACAUGAAAAACUGGAUCCGGACACCAGAGCUCAUAGGGACACGGAUCGCCACUGUCAUGGUCACUGGUCUUCUCUUAGCUACUAUAUACUGGAGGCUUGACAACACUCCGAGAGGUGCGCAAGAGAGGAUGGCUUUCUUCGCAUUCGGCAUGUCCACGAUGUUCUACGUCUGUGCGGACAACGUCCCUGUUUUUCUCCAAGAACGGUUCAUUUUCUUGAGAGAGACGACGCGCAACGCGUACAGAACAUCUUCGUAUGUAAUCUCUCACUCUCUUGUGUCUCUGCCUCAGCUACUCGCUCUCUCCAUCGCAUUUGCUGCGACCACGUUCUGGACGGUUGGUUUGAGCGGUGGGUUAGAGAGCUUCCUCUAUUACUGCCUCAUAAUCUACGCAGGCUUUUGGUCUGGAUCCUCUUUUGUCACCUUCGUAUCCGGUUUGGUUCCGAAUGUCAUGAUAAGUUUCAUGAUCACUAUUGCCUAUCUUUCAUACUCUCUACUCUUUGGUGGAUUCUACAUUAACCGGGAUCGGAUACCGGUUUACUGGAUAUGGUUUCAUUACAUUUCAUUGUUGAAGUAUCCUUACGAAGCUGUCCUAAUCAACGAGUUUGAUGACCCGUCUCGCUGUUUUGUUAGAGGAGUUCAAGUGUUUGAUGGUACGCUUUUGGCGAAAGUGCCUGAUGCGAUGAAGGUUAAGCUCCUCGAUACACUGAGUAACUCUUUAGGAACAGAGAUAAAUGAGUCCACGUGCUUGAGAUCAGGGCCUGACUUACUUUUGCAGCAAGGUAUUUCUCAGUUGAGCAAAUGGGAUUGCUUGUGGAUUACGUUAGCUUGGGGUUUCUUCUUUAGGAUCUUGUUUUACUUCUCCUUGCUGUUUGGAAGCAAGAAUAAGAGGACGUGAAGAUUGUCCACAAACACAAAUCAUAUACUUCUGUUGGCAUCAAUGCAUCUACCUACCUUUAAUAUACGUACAUUUAAGCAAAGCUUGAAGUUCUUGUUGUUUGUUGCUGUUGUUGUUUUGUAUUCAAGCUGUAACUUUCAUAAUCGUUUCAUCUUUGUAUUUUUUUCAGAAUAUUGUCAAACAUACAUUUCACUUUUUAA